CGCGCGCGCGGCGCCAGGAUGGUGCCGUUCGCCGGCUGGAGCCUGCCCGCGCACUACGCGCCCGGCCACCUCGAGUCGCACCUGCACACGCGCCGCCACUGCUCGCUCUUCGACGUGUCGCACAUGCUGCAGAGCCGCGUGUACGGCCGCGACCGCGUCAAGUUCAUGGAGAGCCUCGUGGUCGGCGACAUCGCGGAGCUCAAGCCGGACCAGGGCACCCUGACGCUGCUGACCAACGAGAAGGGCGGCAUCGUGGAUGACCUCAUCGUGACGAACACCUCGGAAGAGCACCUGUACGUGGUGUCCAACGCGGGCUGCGCCGACAAGGACUUGGCCAUCAUGAAGGACAGAGUGAAGGAGCUGCAGGCGGCCGGCAGCGACGUGCACCUGGAAGUCAUGGACAACGCUCUGCUGGCUCUGCAAGGUCCCUCCAUGGCACGCGUGUUGCAAGCAGGGCUUUCCAACGACCUGGGCAAGCUGUCCUUCAUGAACAGCGCGACAAUGACCGUCUUUGGCGUGCCGGGCUGCCGAGUCACGCGCUGCGGCUACACGGGGGAAGACGGCGUGGAGAUCUCGGUACCCGCAGCGCGGGCCGUGGAGCUGGUUGAGCGGCUGCUCGGGGACCCCGAGGUGUGGCUGGCCGGGCUGGCGGCCAGGGACAGCCUGCGGCUCGAGGCCGGGCUCUGCCUCUAUGGGAAUGACAUCGAUGAGACCAUCACGCCGGUGGAGGCCAGUCUGGUGUGGACCUUGGGCAAGCGCCGGCGCACGGCCAUGGACUUCCCCGGCGCCGCCGUCAUCAUGGCGCAGAUCAAGGAGAAGCCGAAGCGCAGGCGCGUGGGGCUCACCUCCGAGGGGCCCCCCGUGCGGGCGCACACGGCCAUCCUGGGACCCGAGGGCAGGCGCAUCGGCACGGUGACCAGCGGGUGCCCCUCGCCCUCCCUGCGCAAGAACAUCGCCAUGGGCUACGUGGAGGCCGCGUACGGCCGCGCGGGCACGGCGCUCGCCGUGGAGGUGCGGAAGCAGCAGCACCCGGCGCUCGUCACCAAGAUGCCCUUCGUGCCCACCCACUACUACAUGGCCAAGUGA